CCAAACACAAGUUAUAAAACAAAACAAACAUGGCGGCGCCCUUCAAUUUGCAGGGACGGCUUCUCGCUGCCGGAAAGAUUAGUAAAUCGUUCGUAAAUUUUCAGAAUGUUGCCCCUAAAUCUUUUCGUCAGUGUCGGACAAAUGUCCGUCUUUAUUCAUCACGGACAGAGAAUUCGCGGAAGUUCAACAUAAAAAUUAAGCCUGCACUACGUGUGACAGCCUUGGUCCUUGGUGGAAGCUAUGCCCUCAGACAGGCGAUAAGUGAAUGGAACAGAAUGAAAGUGUACGCAGGGGACCAGGCGAGACCACCCCAUGCACCCUCUAGACAGGUGCGCGUGGACACUGACCACUCUGGUCUAAAGCUGACCCUCUACCAGUACCAGACUUGUCCGUUCUGCUGCAAGGUCCGAGCUGUGCUCGACUACCACGGAUUUUCUUAUGAUGUUGUGGAAGUAAACUCUGUGACGAAGAAAGAGCUCAAGUGGUCUGAGUACAAGAAGGUCCCCAUUCUCAUCGCUGAAGUUGCUGGAAGCAAAGAAGAAGUGGCUUUACAUGACAGUACAGUGGUAGUCAGUAUCCUGGAGUCUUAUCUCCAUGACCGCUCCACCAGUCUACAGAAGCUUAACUCGUACUACCCGUGUUUGACAGAAAAAGUGGGCAGGAAGACGAAGUACGAUUUUCCCAACAAGUAUUUUGUCAUGUUCCAGGAGAAGGCCGACCUGGGCUCUACUGCUAAGGAGAGAAGCGAGGAGCGCAAGUGGCGUAAAUGGGCCGACGAUCACAUGGUCCACAUGCUGUCCCCCAACGCCUACCGCACGAUGCGAGAGUCGCUGCAGUCCUUCAACUACUUCUCCGAGGUCGGGGAGUGGGAAAAGAACUUCUCCUUCUUUGAGCGGAUGAUGGUCAUUUAUGUAGGGGCAGCCGUUAUGUAUGUCAUGGGGAUCAUCCUCAAGUACAAGUAUGAGCUUAAGGACGACGUACGUCAGUCUCUCUACGACGCCUGUAAUGAAUGGGUCAAGGCCAUUGGAAAGAACAAACAGUUCAUGGGAGGCAACCAACCGAAUUUAGCAGAUUUGGCGGUGUAUGGAGUACUCAAUUCUAUCGAGGGCUGUGCUGCCUUCCAGGACGCGCUGAAGAACUCCAAGAUUGGGCCCUGGUACCGCAGGACGAAGGACAUGGUAGCCUCACACCAAGGUGCGAACCCGCUGCACUCCAAGACACAGCCCAGUGAGACGCACAUAGCGCAGGGGAAGGUUUAAGGGGGGGAUACAUGUUGUUGUGGUUGAAUUGUGGGUGUCUGUGAGAAAGGAGAGUGAGAAGAGACUCGGAGAGAGAGAGAGAGAGAGGAAGAGGGAUAGAGAGAGAUUGAGAGAAAUCAAGGAAGAAGGCAGAUAGAAAUCGAGAGAGAGA